AAAAAUAUGAGCGUACGUGUUAUGUUUGUAGCAGGUUCAUAGUUCACGAAAUGCCCGGAUGCAAGCCUUUUACUGUGUGCACCUGAUAGAGACCUGAAUAUGGAGAGGGGUGCACUUUUAUUGUUCUUUCUUGCGUUUGGAGUGGUAGGUCAGGCACUCACACCAACAACAGUACUGACAGCAAUUGAUCAAGCAAGGUUAAAAGCGGUUUUUGAAAAUACUCAGCCAUUCACUGAUAUUGCAAGUGCCCAUUAUUCCAUCCUUGGAUUAAAGUUGUUGGGAGGUGGUGUUCCCAAAGCACCGGAAGCUUGUACUUUUCUAAAAAACAAAGUAGACACAAAAAAUGUGCAAUCACUUUUCUACGCUACAGCGGCCACCAAGGCACUUGGUACUUGUCAGAUUGCAGGUGGUGAUGCUGAGCAAGUACUGACAACAGCCAUCAAUGAAAGUGCCGAUGUAGCAACACUUUACUAUGCAGUGUCAGCGCUGUCCAAUAUGGGAUUAAAAUUCAAUUCAGCUGAUGUUUUAAAAUCAUUGGAGGCUGCUCUGAAAAAAGACGACAGUCUUCUCAGUUCAGUGUAUGCGUUACACAUAGCAUCGCAGUUAUCAGCAGAGUCUGAUGUGAGCUUGUAUGUAGAUUCUGUGGAGGAUCUAUUAGCACAGGCGGAUGAAAUUGACGAGUCUUACAUGCAGUUUGAAGGUGGUCUUAGCGUGACCUCUCUGUUUAUUGAUGGAGCAUACAAACUGGCAAACAGAGCAAAGAAACCACCAACAAUCACAGAGGAUAAAGUUGUAAUGUUGGCAAACUAUAUAUUGAGCCGAAAGCACACUCAGAGUAACAAGAACGGUUAUUAUGUCGUGGCAGCCUUGCGCACACUUUCAGAAAAUCAGUAUCAUGUUCCUGUUGCUGUGACUCUGGUCAGCUCCGUGGCUGUAUCUGGUGCAGAUCCCAAUGUGAAGGUGAAAGUAACCAACUUGAUGCAAGGAUCUCUUGGCAAACUGUCUGUGACUGCUAACUCGGCAACACACAUGGAGGAUGAUGCUGUCAUUCUAAGCAAGAAACCUUUCACAGCUUCUAGUACAGACCCAUCUCUGUACGAGUUGAAUUUGAUGCAAACCAAACCCGCACCAGGCUUCUAUACCAUUGAAGUAAAUGUUACUCCAAGCAAAGAAGAUAAAAGAUUAAUUGGAACUGAGGGGUCAGAGGUCAAGGUUAAGGUGACCACAGAAGUGACUGUGGUGAACUCUGAGAUGGCUGUGAUGGAUAGAGACCAGUCUAUUGCCUCUAAGAGUGUUAAGGUGAAUUAUCCAGGAAAAGUUGACAGAGUUGUAGAAGCAGAUCACCAUCAGUUGAUUGUGUUCAAGUUUGCUUUGAAGGAUAAAGCAACCAGCAAAAUUAUGACUGCACAUCAGACUUUUGUUCAACUGGUGAAUGUUAAGACCAAGCAAGAGAUCAUUUUUAUUGCGGAGGCUGAUGACAAUGAUGUAUAUAGAUUUGAGUUAGAUGUUGCCGAAAGUGCUAAAGAACACUUCAAUUCUCUCUCUGGCAAAUACACAAUGUCGAUGAUUAUUGGUGAUGCAGUUGUACAGAAUCCAUUCGUUUGGGUUGUGGCUGACUUGCAGUUGAAAUUCCCUGAAACAGCAGACGGUGAUAAUAAACAAGAAGUUGUCAAUCAGUAUGCUAAGAAACCAGAAAUACAACAUGAAUUCAAUAAACCAGAGAAGCGCCCACCAUUGAUGCUGUCAAAUUUCUUCGCUGCAUUGUGCGUUUUACCUUUCUUGGUACUUAUAAUUCUGUGGAUACGAAUUGGUGCCAAUUUGAAGAACUUCACAUUCUCAUUGGGUACAAUUGGGUUUCAUGUAGGCCUAGGUGGCAUCUUUGGGCUGUACUACUGCUAUUUCCUCUACCUUGAUAUGUUUUCUACACUGAAAUAUCUCACUCUCAUUGGAGUGGUCACAUUCUUAGCUGGUAAUAGGAUGCUGGGUGCAAUCGCAAAGAAAAGAGCUUAAAUGUACAUUUCCCAGAAAAGUUGUAUUAUGUAUGGUGGUCUUUGAGUGAAAUAAAGUAAAUAUUGGCACACGUCUGGAUGCAGGCGCAAACAAGUUGGUAAAUGGUAACCGAGAUGAGUCGUCCUUGAACACGAAAACUAGAUUUCCAGUAUCAUUUACCAACUAUAGUAACUUUAAAAAAAAUAAACGCAACACAAAGUGUAUGUAUGAAAUUGAUGUACAAGGUUCAGUGCAAAUUCUGAUGUAUUUUUUAAAAAUUGUUCUUUUGUACUGGGAAUGGCUCGGAACCCGGGCUAAAAUAAAAUACUAUACCACCUUUA